AUGGAUUCUGAAACCUUAUCUGCAGCGACUAAAAACAUCAAAAAUCACUUGUCAGUCCAAUCGAAUGGCUCAAUAUCAGCCCCAGAUCCUCCCAAGCAGCCAUUUGUAAUUGGUGUUGCUGGAGGGACCGCAUCCGGGAAAACAACUGUGUGUAAUAUGAUUAUUUCUCAGCUCCAUGAUCGACGUGUUGUUCUUGUCAAUCAAGAUUCAUUUUAUCACUCCUUAAGUGGUGAUACGUUGAAAAGAGUUCAUGAUUAUAACUUUGAUCAUCCUGAUGCCUUCCAUACAGAACUUCUCCUUUCAUGCAUGGAGACAUUGAAAAAUGGACAGGCAGUUGACGUACCAAAUUAUGAUUUCAAGACCCAUAAAAGAAUCGAACCAGGAAGGAAGGUUAACCCUUCAGACAUCAUUAUUUUAGAAGGAAUUCUAGUUCUUCAUGAUUCCCGGGUUCGUGAUCUAAUGAACAUGAAGAUCUUUGUUGACACAGAUUCUGACCUGCGGCUUGCACGGAGAAUUCAGCGUGAUACUGUUGAAAGAGGGAGGAAUAUCCAGAACGUGCUUGACCAGUACGCUCAAUCUGUAAAGCCGAGUUUUGAAGAAUUUAUACUGCCAUCAAAAAAGUAUGCAGACGUUAUAAUCCCUCGGGGAGGAGAUAACGAUGUCGCAAUCGACUUGAUAGUACAACAUAUCCGUACAAAGCUAGGCCAACAUCAUCUGUGUAAAAUAUAUCCAAAUGUUUCUGUUAUUCACUCAACAUUUCAGAUGCGGGGCAUGCACACACUCGUACGUGAUGUUAAAACAACGAAGCAUGACUUUGUCUUUUAUGCCGACCGACUAAUACGCUUGGUGGUGGAGCAUGGUCUAGGUCAUCUUCCGUUUACUGAAAAACAGAUCACCAGUCCAACAGGAUCUGUAUACCCUGGAGUUGUUUUCUGCAAAAGAUUGUGUGGGGUAUCAGUCAUUAGGAGUGGGGAGAGCAUGGAGAAUGCUUUAAGAGCAUGCUGCAAGGGCAUCAAAAUCGGUAAAAUUCUCAUUCACGGAGAGGGCAACAAUGGACGGCAGUUAAUUUACGAGAAGCUACCGGCAGACAUCUCAAGUCGCCAUGUUUUAUUGCUGGACCCUGUUCUGGCUUCAGGAAAUUCUGCAGUCAAAGCUAUUAGCCUGCUUCUCAGUAAGGGUGUCCCAGAGUCUAACAUCAUCUUCCUUAAUCUAAUUGCGGCACCUCAAGGAGUACAUGUGAUUUGCAAGAAAUUUCCAAAGCUCCAACUUGUGACAUCAGAGAUUGAUGUAACAUUGGAUGAGGAUUUGCGUGUUAUCCCAGGGAUGGGAGAGUUUGGGGAUCGUUAUUUUGGCACAGAUAAUUAG